GCUGCUUCAAAGGAUCGUGAUCGUUUUUCUUUAUCAGUUCAAGAGCUGUCAGUGUAACUUGGCAGCUCUCAUUCGCGUGCGUGGUACCUCUCUGCUUUUCUUCUUCGCUUCCAGCCUUCCACAUCACUGCUCAUCUCGCUAUUGUUGGUCCAUCUUUGUUGUUGGUUCAUCGUGCAUCUUUCAUCGAAGAUGUCAGAGGAGGCUCUCAGUAGGGUUCGUGCUAGCCGAGAAAGACGAGCUGCGAAUAUUUUGACCCGUCAGCUUGUAAUGCAUAUACAACAUUCAGUACUAGGACCGAUUCAGCCUAGGCAAGUAGACGAGCGCAAAAGAAAAUGUUCACUUAUGGAUUUCACACCUCAGUUGGCUAAGCUGAAUAGGCAAAGGCGUUGUUUGCUACGCUCAAAGAUGGAGCCUGUACCUCCUGUGCACGCUGAAAAUGCUGCCGGUGUAAAAACCAAUGGUAGUUCAUCACGCACGAAUAAGGAGUACAUCCAGUCAUUAAAGGCCUCAUACCCAGGGAGAUCGUACUAUGGUCCACCAACAUAUGAGUGUCCGUACUGUGGCGCUGUCUUCUGGUACCAGGAGAGAGUGAAAAGCACCUCUGCUGUUUCACAGCGAAGAAUAGUUUAUAACCUCUGCUGCAAGGGCGGUAAAAUACAAUUGCCUAAGCUGCGCUCGCCUCCUGAACCACUUGCGACAUUAUUAAACUUUAAUGGUGAUGCACGAUCCAAGAGAUUCUUAAGGCAAAUACAAUCAUACAAUUCGAUGUUCGCUUUCACUUCACUGGGUGCAACCAUUGAUAGAUUGAUUAAUACUGGCAAUGCACCUUAUGUGUUCAAGAUUAAUGGUGUUGUGCACCACAGAAUUGGCAGUCUUUUGCCAUCAAGUGGGUCACCUCCAAAAUUUGCUCAACUAUACAUCUAUGAUCCACAAAAUGAGACACAAAAUCGAUUAAAUAUUUUUGGAAAUGACAGUGAUGAUGCAGAUAAACCAGACCCUGAAAUUGUUAGUGCAUUGUCAUCCAUGCUUGAUAGGCACAAUAGUCUUGUCCAGACAUUCAGAUACGCUAGAGAGCGACUUUCUCAGCAUGGUGACCAAAAGAUAACUCUUCGCCUUCUAGGCUGCAAUGCUAAAGAUGACGUGCAAUAUAAUUUACCGACGAGUGGUGAAAUUGCUGCCAUAAUAGUAGGCGAUUUCUGUGCAAAAGAGUACAAGUUUGAUCUUCUUGUGUAUGAUAAUGAUCGUGGUUUACAUCAAGUUUCUUCAUUGCAUCCAUCAUAUAUGGCUUUGCAAUAUCCUUUAUUAUUUCCAUAUGGUGAACGUGGAUUUCAUCUAGGCAUUCAUUACAACAAUUAUGAUGGGAUUGGAAGAAAGUAUGUUACAAUGCUUGAAUUCUUUAGAUACGAAAUGCACUAUAGACUAAAUGAACCAAAUCCUUUCACAUGCUAUGGCCGACUAAGCGAUCAGAGUGUUGUUGAUGCCUAUUCUUCGAUAGAAGCUAAUAGAUUACAAUUUAUAAUUGAUCAUCAAAACGAGUUGCGUGCUGAAUCUUUAGAUGGAAUCGUAGAUGCAAUCGAUAAAGGUGUCACUGAUGGCGAUUCAGUUGGUAAGCGCGUUAUACUUCCUGCCAGCUUCACUGGAGGAAGGCGAUAUAUGGUAAUGAACUACCAAGAUGCAAUGGCAAUAUGCCGUGUCUAUGGCUCGCCUGAUCUAUUUGUCACAUACACAAGCAAUUCUAAGUGGCAAGAAAUUUAUGAUGCAAUACGAUUUGAGCCUGGACAACAGCCAUCAGAUAGACCUGAUAUGAUAGUUAGGGUGUUUAACAUGAAGGUCAGUGACUUUAUAACUGACAUUAGAGAAGGAAGGACUUUCGGUAAAGUUCUUGCAGGUAUUGUUGACUCCUAUUUUUGCAUGCAGUUCUAUUUAAAUAUGAUUCUCAUUACUUCUCUUAAACUAUUCCAGUGCUGUACAAUGUUGAAUUCCAAAAGCGUGGGCUGCCACACAUACACUGUUUGGUCUGGCUUGCAGCGCCCACUGCUGAAAUAUCGACAUCCAUCAUCGAUGGAUUCAUUUGUGCUGAAAUACCUGACUACGACACUGAUCGGUUAGGAUAUGAAUUAGUUAGUGAAUUUAUGAUGCAUGGCCCCUGUGGAAAUGCAAACAAAAAUUGCCCUUGCAUGAAAGAUAAUAAAUGCUCGAAAAAUUAUCCUAAGGAUUUUCAAGAUCAAACAAUAAUUGAUGAAUCUGGUUUUACGAUAUAUAGACGAUGAAACGAUGGCCGACAUAUUAUCAAAAAUGGAAUUCCAUUGGAUAACAGAUCUGUUGUUCCAUAUAACAUGAAAUUGCUUAAAACAUACGAGGCACAUAUAAAUGUUGAGUGGUGUAACAAAUCAAACUUGAUAAAAUACCUAUUUAAAUACAUCAUAAAAGGACAAGAUCGUGCUAGGAUAUAUUUCGAGACAACUGCUAAAACAGGAAAUGUGUCGCCAAAUCAUGACUUAGCUCCACGCAAUGAAAUAUUGGAAUAUAUGGAUGCUAGAUUCCUCUCCACAUGUGAAGCACUACAUCGAUCAUUUGAAUUUGACAUACAUUACAGAAUACCUCCUGUCGAACGGUUAGUUGUCCAUUUGCCUGAAAAAAACUAUGUUAGAUACGAAAAAGGCUCUGAUUUACGAGCAGUGCUUAAUAGUCCUGCUGCGAAGCGUUCAAUGCUAACUGAAUGGUUUGAAGCUAAUAAAAAACAUCUGAAAGCACGUUCGCUGACAUACUGUGAAUUUCCAAGAGAAUGGUCAUGGGAGCCUUCAUCUAGAACAUGGCGUGAACGAACACCUGCUCCUAAAAUUGGUAGAAUUUAUUAUGUGCAUCCAACUGCUGGUGAACUCUAUUACCUACGAAUGUUACUAAUGAUAGUUAGAGGUGCACAAAGUUAUGCUGAUGUGCGCACACAUAAUGACAUUGUUUAUGCCACAUAUAGAGAGGCAUGCGAGGCAAGAGGACUUCUUGAAGGAGAUAGUGAAUGGUACCUUCUUUUCGAUGAAGCAAUUCUAUUUGCGUCUUCGCAUCAACUUAGACAACUUUUUGUUACUGUUGUUCUUUAUUGCUCUGUUACUAAUGUGCGUUCAUUGUUUGAUAAAUAUUGGCUCUACAUGACAGACGAUAUUCAUAAUAAAGUAAAAAAGACAUUGGAUAAUCCACGCUGCAUUGUCCCACAGGAACACUUACUCAACCUACUCUUAUCCGAGCUUGCUGUCGUGUUUGGGAACAGUGGUGGUUGCAUAAAAGAUUUUAACUUGCCACAGCCAUCUCCACUUCACACAGCUAUAUUGGAAAUAGACUAAUCGAUGAAGAGCUUACAUUCACUCAUCUUUUGAUGUCUUUGCAUGCAAAUUCUUUAAUAGCACAGUUAAAUGCUGACCAGAAACAAAUUUUUGAUACGAUAAUUUCUCGAGUAGUUGCAGAUCAGCCUGGGUUUUUUUUUUGUGUCUGGCCAUGGUAGAAUUGGUAAGACCUUUCUUUGGAAUGCUAUUAUUGCAAAGCUCAGAUCAGAAAAUAAAAUUGUGCUCGCUGUUGCUUCAUCAGGAGUAGCAUCUUUGUUAUUACCAAGAGGUAGAACGGCUCACUCUCGAUUCAAAAUACCAAUCGACAUUGAUGAAAACAGUAUUUGCAAUGUAAAACGAGGAACUAUGCUAUCUGAACUUUUGCUAGAGACUGCACUAAUUAGGAGAUGAGGCUCCAAUGACACAUAGGCGUUGUUUUGAGGCACUAGAUCGUACAUUACGUGAUAUCCUUUCUGAGACAAGUCCUCCCAACUCUAUUAUACCUUUUGGAGGAAAACCUGUUGUUCUAGGUGGUGAUUUCAGACAAAUAUUACCUGUUGUUCCUAAAGGUUCACGUCAUGCUGUUAUUAAUGCAUCAAUCACAAACUCUGACCUAUGGAAAAAUGUUUCGAUUUUAACUCUGAACAUAAAUAUGAGAUUACUUAAUCCAGAUCUGCCAGUACACAAAAGAAAUGAAUUGCGUGAUUUUAGUGAAUGGAUUUUAGCCGUUGGUAAUGGUACUGUGCCUAUGAUUGCAAAAGAAGGUGAAGCUUAUCCUUCGUGGUUAACUAUUCCUGAUGAUUUGCUUUUUAAAACUGAUCAUGACAAGAUAGAUGCUAUUGUUAGAGAAAUAUAUCCUAAUUUCCUUGCAUCAUACAAAAAUCCUGAAUAUCUAGCUUCUCGAGCCAUUCUAUGUCCUAACAAUGCAACGGUUGAUGAAAUAAAUGACUAUGUUAUUAGCUUGCUACCAGCAGAUGGAAGAACUUAUUUAAGCUGCGAUACCAUAUCAAAGUGCUCUGAACAAAUUCCAGACUUUGACCUGCUGUACCCCCCCGAAUUCCUCAACUCAAUAAAUGCUGCUAAUUUUCCUACACAUAAACUUGUGCUGAAAGAGGGAGUUGUCAUCAUGCUGUUGCGAAACCCCAACCAAUCAAUAGGUCUCUGCAAUGGAACAAGGCUGUUAAUUUCUACUUUAGGCGAGAGAAUUUUGCAGUGCAUAGUAUUGAUUGGAUUGAACAUUGGUGAAACUGUUUAUAUACCCAGAAUCACACUCAGUACAACAAAACUUAAAUGGCCUUUUACA